GCCUCCCCUUGAGGUUAAAAGCAGAAGGAAUGACAAAGGUGUGACUGUGUGUGAUAGACAGGUGUUCAGGCCUGAGCUACAGUGAGGAUUUUACCUUUAAAACCCAGGAACAGAGCUGUCUCCAGAGGUGAGAGUCCAAAAUGAGCUCCUACUCAACUUCCAAGACCAAAGCGCUCGAGGACAGCAAGAAGAAAACCUCUCUGCUGAAGGACAACAGCUGGAUCCGAAAAAAUGCUGAUGAAGACGAGCCCGUCGACCAAGACCCAAACUUUGGCAAAAGUGUCUUGAGUCGAGUGAAUAACACUGAUACUACUGACAGUGGCUCAGAACCCAAGUCAACAAGAACAACUAAAGCAAGUUCAACCUCAUCUGUUCAAGCUCUCACCAAGAGGUUCAGUGGAAGCACAGAUGAUCUGAAAACCAUGACACCGUCUUACUACUCAAAAAGAACUUCCGGUGGGAAGACAGAAACAUCCAGCACCACUAAACCCACAGCGGUGACUAAGGAUGGGACAACUGAGACCACCACCCAAAGUGUCAAAUCUCCUGUGACCAAAACACCCACUAAAACUGAGACGUUCAUGGAGCGCGUCAAAUCCUCAAGCAAAGAGUCACAGUACUCGAGCUACUCGCCUACCAAGACAACAAAACCGACUAUUACCACCACUAAAGAGGCAGACGACCAACUUUACAACUCACUGACCCCCUCACCUUUGAAGGACGACUCCCCAACUAAAGACAGCACAACAACCGUGCCCACAACUAAGACUGUGACGGUGAAAAGUAGCAGUGAUGCAAUUGCUGAGGACAAACUCUAUGACACACUGAUUCCCAGUGCUAUCAAGAGUGGAGACAGCAAAAAAACACCUGUGUCCAGCAGUGAGACUGUGACAGUGAAGAGCUCCAAAGAGCCAGAGGACCGACUUUACAACUCACUGAAACCCUCACCUUUGAAGGACGACUCCCCAACUAAAGACAGCACAACAACCGUGCCCACAACCAAGACUGUAACGGUGAAAAGUAGCAGUGAUGCAAUUGCUGAGGACAAACUCUAUGACACACUGAUUCCCAGUGCUAUCAAGAGUGGAGACAGCAAAAAAACACCUGUGUCCAGCAGUGAGACUGUGACAGUGAAGAGCUCCAAAGAGCCAGAGGACCGACUUUACAACUCACUGAAACCCUCACCUUUGAAGGACGACUCCCCAACUAAAGACAGCACAACAACCGUGCCCACAACCAAGACUGUAACGGUGAAAAGUAGCAGUGAUGCAAUUGCUGAGGACAAACUCUAUGACACACUGAUUCCCAGUGCUAUCAAGAGUGGAGACAGUAAAAAAACACCUGUGUCCAGCAAUGAGACUGUGACGGUGAAGAGCUCCAACACUGUAGAUGACACCAAAACACCAACAGUCACUGUAAAGUCCUCCUCAACGCCCAAGGAUAACCUCUAUGACACCCUCCUGCCUAAAGCCAUCACACCUCCUGUCAGUUCAAGCAAAACCGAGAAGGACAUUAUCACAGUGAACACCAAAAAAGAAGACGAAAUCCCAUCAACACCAUCGUCCACGCGCAGCGUCAGCUACAGCUCAUACACUGACGAUACUCCCUACACUCCCACCAGCUCAUACAGUGACUAUAAAACCUACUCCUACUCCAGACCAGACUCCAGCUAUGAGUAUAGCAGCCUCAACAGCCCCUCUCUCUACAGCUCCACGUCAUACUCUUCCACAAAGAGUGUUUAUCAGUCCCCUGACAGGCCUGUGCUGGAGAAGGACCUGUGCACCACCUGCCGAAAGCCCUUCACUGGAGACGCCAAGAUGGUCCUGGACGACAUGAAGAUCAACUGCCACGCCACCUGCUUCAAAUGUGAUGUCUGCAACGGCUCUCUGGGCUACAUGAAAGCUGGGGACAGCAUGUGGAUCUACAAGCGCAAGGUGCACUGCGAAAACUGCUUUGAGAGCACCAGAGAAAAAUGGCGCCGCUGAGCCUCCUCACAGAUUACUGCAUUCUGAUGGUGUGGGUGACGAGGGUCUUACUAAGACGUCUUUAAGUGGGUGCUUUGGACAAAAAAAAUCACAGUUACAUAAUGUAAAUUACGUUUUCAUGUGACUCUACAGGCCACACAUGGCAUGAAAUCUACUAAUAUAUCUGUAUUAUAAUACUCCUGUCUCUACCUCUACACUGUAAGUCUUUCUGUGCUCUCUUUAAUGUGUCACUUCUCGGGGGACUCUUGUGAGUAACAUGACAGGGUAUUCUACAAUAUUGAGGGCCGGGGUUUUUUUCUUUGUGCAAUAAGGGCAAAUUUAAAAAAAACAAACUUCUUUAUUUACAUUUUUUCUUGAACGUCCCUGUUCUUUGGGUCUAUGUUUACUGCUAAAUUAUUAUGAGAUAAUACAGAACAAAAAAAAAGAUAAUAAAGAAAGGCUUGUACUUAAAUAAAAUUUUAAAUUACUGAAGACUGUGUUGUUUUUUUAAACCAGAUGCUAAAAUCUCAAGUAAAAGGUCAGGCUGUCUCUAUUGUUAGAGGGGAAUUUAAGAAUAUCUGUUUGCAAUUCCCUAUACAAGUGUGUCUUUGCCUUUGCCAAAUAAAGUUAAUGCAACAAUGUAUGUUAAAUAUACUUUUCAAAUUAUUAAAGCACUCUGCAAUGUUGUUUUUGUAUUUUCAACUGCAAUGGAAUAUAUUACGUAUUGGAACAGCAUUUGAUCAGUACAGUGUCUACUGCUAAUUGAAAGACAGCCCUAAAGAGCAAUAAAGUCACAAUACUUGGUAUGUAUGUAAAAUACUUGGAGUACAUUACUUGUUUUUCAAUAACUUUGUCAAUAAACGGAAUUCAAAAUCAA